UAAUUUCUACGUUUCUCUUUAGUCCUGGUAUUUUGGUUGCAUUUGUGCAUAAUCCGAUCGUUACUUGGUUCAGAAAAACCAACAAUCCAAUUGGAUGUAAUUCUCAAGUUUUUUCUUUGCACUUUGAAAUCAUUAUUCUUGUUAAGAAUUCUGAAAUUUCUGUAGUGAAGAUAAUGUGGUGGCAAGUAGCUACAACCAUGGCUCUUGGCAGCCACCCCAUUCAGGAUACUCACUAUGACAUACUAUCGGUGAAACAAGAUGCAAGCUAUGAAGUUAUUCGAGCAAGCUACCGAUCUGCCAUCCUUGAUAGUCAUCCUGAUAAAUUGCAAAGUACAUCUGGGUCGGGAGAUAGAUUCCUGAAGGUGCAAAAGGCUUGGGAAAUCCUUGGCCAUUCAAGGUCUCGCGCACUUUAUGAUAGUGCGAUUCUCGAUUCUAGUCAUGACGCUAUGGUGGCAGAAGAUAUCAGCCUAGAAGAUGUGAUGGUUGAAGAUGCGGGAGAGGUCAUUCAACUCUUUUACCAGUGCCGGUGCAGUGACUAUUUCUUCGUUGAUUCUUUGGAGUUGGAGAAGAUGGGGUAUGCUUUAUUAAAAGAUGGAAACAAGAUAUCUUUCGAAGCACAGAAUGCAUUGCCAGCAUCGCUUGUCCUCCCUUGCGGGUCUUGUUCUUUGAAAGUUCGGAUAUUGAUCAAUUCAGAUGACUUUAUUACGAUCAUUGAUGACCAUCGAAUGGGGGACGAAGUUUUCUCUGAAGAUUUUAGUUUCAACAGCUUAAAAUGACGAGAGCCCUGUGUGUUUCAAGUUGAAAUUUCAUGGAAAAUGGGAUGAGUGGGAUGAUUGAAGCAGAGAUUAAAGAAAGGCCAACUAUGAUUAUGUUCUCUGUAGUUUCGGCAAAUCUGUACUUCGGUCCUUAUGGUUUCAAUUGUGGCAAUUUUGUAGUUUACUGAUUGAUUCAAUAUAAGGACGUCCUAAUUUCGAGAUUUUCUCAUCGAA